AUGUCUGAUGCCGCAGUGAACCCCAAGGCUUACCCACUUGCGGACGCCAAGUUGACCGUGUCCAUUCUGGACCUUGUGCAACAGGCGACAAACUACAAGCAGAUCAAGAAGGGCGCUAAUGAAGCUACCAAAACGCUUAACCGCGGUAUAUCCGAAUUUAUCGUUAUGGCUGCAGACACUGAGCCCCUAGAGAUUCUGUUACACCUUCCGCUUUUGUGUGAGGACAAAAAUGUACCAUACGUGUUUGUGCCAUCAAAGGUCGCGCUGGGCCGUGCCUGUGGCGUAUCGCGUCCUGUGAUUGCUGCCUCGAUCACGUCUAAUGACGCUUCGCAGUUAGGUCCUCAGAUCCAGAGUAUGCGCGAGCAGAUCGAGCAACUCCUUAUUUAA